GAGAGAGGCCGGAAGUUGCCUUUGGGCUGCGGCGGUUAAAGACGCGGCUGUGUGAACGCGGGGCUGAGAAUUAGGGUGAAGUCGAAAACUGAUGUUCCUGUCAUUGGCCUUCAGAAAAUGGCAAUCUCGGUGACACCCAUCUUGUAAGAAAGACCAGAAAACUCACCACUUAAAACCUGGGCUGUCUCAUGUUACUUCAGGGUACCAGGUUUUGAUUUUCCACAAUGGGUGAACCCCAGCAAGUGAGUGCGCUUCCGCCUCCCCCAAUGCAGUACAUCAAGGAAUACACGGAUGAAAACAUUCAGGAAGGCUUAGCUCCUAAGCCUCCACCCCCAAUUAAAGACAGCUAUAUGAUGUUUGGCAACCAGUUCCAAUGUGACGAUCUCAUCAUCCGCCCUUUGGAAAGUCAGGGCAUUGAACGGCUUCAUCCUAUGCAGUUUGAUCACAAAAAGGAACUGAGAAAACUCAAUAUGUCCAUCCUUAUUAAUUUCUUGGACCUUCUAGACAUCUUGAUAAGGAGCCCUGGAAGCAUAAAACGAGAAGAGAAACUAGAGGAUCUUAAGCUGCUUUUUGUACACGUGCAUCACCUUAUAAACGAAUACCGACCUCACCAGGCACGAGAGACCUUGAGGGUCAUGAUGGAGGUCCAGAAACGGCAGCGGCUUGAAACAGCUGAACGGUUUCAGAAGCACUUGGAGCGAGUUAUUGAGAUGAUUCAGAAUUGCUUGGCUUCUUUGCCUGAUGAUCUGCCCCACUCGGAAGCAGGAAUGAGAGUAAAGACAGAACCAAUGGAUGCUGAUGACAGCAACAACUGCACUGGACAGAGUGAGCAACACCGAGAGAGCUCAGGACAGAGGAGGGACCAGAUCAUAGAGAAGGAUGCUGCCUUGUGCGUCCUGAUCGAUGAGAUGAAUGAAAGACCGUGAAGGUGCUCCGUGGUACUGGAGAGUAGCCUAUUUUCCCUUUGAAAGUCCUAAGAGAGAUAUAACUAAAAGCAUAAAGGGAUUUUUUAACUUUUUAAUUAAGAGAUGCUAUAGGUUAUAUUGUACUAUAAAAUGCACAUGGAUGAGUGAGCAUACCCAUAUUACAAGUAACCACUUUACAAAGCAAAUUGUUUACUGUUGUGUGGGAGAGUCCUAUUUUUGGAGUUGCAAUAAAAGUUUAAAGCAGUAA